UUGAAAUAUUUUGAAACCCAAAUGUUUCUAUCUACCCUCACAGGAUGAAAUAUAUUGAGACAGAGCUGAAAAAGAAGAAGGGUUUGGUGGAAGCAGUGGAACAGAAAGUGAAGGUGAAGAAUGCAGAGGACCACCUGUAUGAGCUGCCAGACAGCAUCAACGUCAAUUCUGCAAAGAAGACGGAGGAGAUGUUGUCCAAUCAGAUGCUGAGCGGGAUCCCUGAAGUCGACCUCGGCAUUGAUGCGAAGAUUAAAAACAUUAUCCAGACAGAGGAUGCAAAAGCCAAACUCCUGCAAGAACAAAGGAACAAGAAAAAAGACAACGGAACCUCAUUUGUUCCCACCAACAUCGCUGUCAACUAUGUCCAACAUAACCGCUUCUAUCGUGAGGAUGUGAACGCACCACAGAGGCAUCAGAGACAAAGAGAGGAGCCCAAAGCGAGGGCGCUGCGUGUGGGAGACACAGAGAAACCAGGUCCAGAGGCUCCGUCUCCACCUAACUAUCGCAAGCGUCCAAACAACGAAAAGGCCACAGAUGAUUACCAUUAUGAGAAGUUCAAGAAGAUGAAUCGACGAUAUUGAGAAGCUCGAUGUCUUUUUUAUAACCCAACUUGAUGUUCAUCUUUUUGAAGAUAACAUUUGCAGACCAGUUUCUCAAACAGCUGUUUAUUGGAGUGCUCCCAAGCCAGUAGUACUUUGUAAAUAUUUGUCAAAUGUUGGGGUUAUUUGUCUACUCAACAUCAUUGAGGGGAUCAAGGAACAGCAUAUCAAUUGUUAAAUGAGGUAUUACGUAAGCUUUGCUUGUCAGUGCAUUGUUAAAUGUUGACUUUUAGUUGUAGAAUUGUGUUUUUGGCAUUCAAACGAUUAAUAAAACGUAAAACCAAA